ACCGCACCUCGUGAUCGGCUCGAAAUUUUAGCUGUCUACGCAUGUAUCUGACUUCUCGUAAUGAGACAAAGGGAGAGUAGGUAGGGAGCCAUACCUUCCACCAUAACCAGAGGAGUGUCUGAUGUUCUUUCUUCCUUCGUCAACUCGACCUUUUCUUUUUUCUUUGUAUUUUUAUAUCCGUUUCUCUCUUCCGGAAAGCAUCUCGUAGUUUCCAGUUUUAUUUUUUUAAAGUUUACGUAAGAAGAAGGAAAUGUUUCUGUUGUAUUAAUUCACCCAAAAAAAAGUUGUAUUGGAAUCAACUGAUUGAUGACAAAUUUCAUCCCCUAACAAGUGUGCCCACAUCAACGUGAUGGCUAGUGCUGGUGGUGGAGGAGCUGCUGCCAAGACUCUCCUUACAUGGCGGGGCUCUGGGAUUCCAGCCAAGGAUGCCCCCCGAGCCGCUCGCGGGAAGGACCGGCACGGCGAAGUCUGCACCGCCGGAGGCAUAAGGGACUUGAGGAUUCAAUUGUCCGUCCCUGCAGCAAUCAUUUUCUACAACGUCCAGGACCUCCUGGGCUAUGAUCAGCCCAGCAAGACUGUGGAGUGGCUGAUCAAUGCUGCCUCCGAGUCGAUUUCGCAGCUCUCUUCUCUCAAAAGUUCUUUCUCCAAUGCCGCGGAGCAGUUGAGUGACAAGAACAAAAGUGUGAGAGUGGGCGAAGAUGAAUCUAGGCCUGAAUCAUAUCAUCUGGAUCUGAACAAUGACCCAAACAGCCCGGACAGUCCGAACCCGGACCAGCGGCGGUGCAUUUCUGGCUCGGAGUCCGCCUGCAGCACUGGCCUCCCAUUACAAAGUUCCUUACUAACUAUACCAGAGGAAACUUCCCGAGGAGAAAGUGCUCUACUUAGAUUGGAAUUUGUCAAGAAGUUGCCCGCUACUAUCUUCACCGGCAGUUGGCUAGUAGAUGAGGAAAAAAAUCCUAUCAAACUUAGGUUACUCGAUGAGAGGACCAAUAAAAUAGUCAGAGCUGAUCCUCUGUCAUCGGAGCGGAUUGAAAUUGUAGUGCUGGACGGUGACUUUGGAUGCGAUGAACCUGAAGAAGAUUGGACGGAGCAGGAUUUCAACGCCUGUAUUAUCCGUGAGACAGAAGGCAGGAUGCCGUUGCUGACAGGAGAGCUGUCAGUCACUUUGCAAGAAGGGGUUGCUUGCCUUGGCGGCAUAGCCUUCACUGAUAACUCUAGCUGGACAAGAAGUAACAAAUUCCGGCUAGGGGCUCGAAUUAUUCGACAGGCUUCUGCUGAAGGAGCAAGAAUCAAGGAAGCAAGAAGUGAAAGUUUCGUGGUGAAUGCUCACUGCGGUGAAUGUCCAUUGAAGAAGGGGCCGUGGAGUGUAGAGGAAGACACGAAGCUGACUAAUUACAUAAAAAGAUACGGUAUUUGGAAUUGGAGUCAUAUGCCUAAGGCAGCAGGGCUCAAAAGGAGUGGCAAAAGCUGCAGGCUGAGGUGGAUGAACUACUUGAGGCCUAAUAUCAGAAGAGGCAACUUCUCCGAAGAUGAACAACGAGUCAUCAUUAAACUCCAUCAACAACUCGGAAACAGGUGGCAAGCAAUUGCAGCGAGUCUCCCUGGAAGGACAGACAAUGAGAUAAAGAACUUCUGGAAUUCGCAUCUGAAGAAAAGGGUACUUCAAACCGAUAAGGUAAUACAGAAUCCACCAUCUUCUGAGAGUGGAGGAUCAUGCUCAAGCAUCACGUUUAAUGCUACUGCAGUUCAGCAAGCUUAUGAAUCCCCAGGUUGGACCGAUCCAUUUUGCAGGGCAGAGGACUGUUAAGAUAAAAAGGGUGCCAAGCGACAAUGGUCAGAACAGAAGAGAAGACAUCUUCACGUUAGCUUUAGGCAAUAAUUCAAACACAAUGCAGU